GAGUGAGUAUGUCCGAUGUCCAUUAUAGCUGGCAAAAUAUCUUCACGAGGCUUCCAAUUAUUAUCUACCUAAUGCGGUGGUUGAUGCAUUGCUACAAAUUUCGAAAUUAUUGCGAGAUUGUGUGUUGGUGCUGUCUGUCAUUUUUUGUUUUGUACUAGCACAUUGUAACUUAGAUACACGUGUACAACUGUGUAGCUAGAUAGAUAGAUAGGAUAGGAAGCUCCAUCUCAUCCAAUAAUGGAGAAACGAGUAGCCAUCGUGGGCGCCGGAAUCAGCGGCCUCCUCGCCUGCAAAUACGCGGCCGCGAAGGGCUUCACUCCGGUGGUCUUCGAAGAGCAAGACAGGGUUGGCGGGCUGUGGAAUCACACAUUGGAGUCCACCACCCUCCAAGUUCCUAAGCAGUUAUAUGAAUUUUCAGACUUCCCAUGGCCUUCUUCUGUCAAAGAAUUGCUUCCCCACAACACACAACUCACCGAAUAUCUCCAAUCCUACGCCCACAAAUUCCAGCUGUUGCAGUUCGUCAAGCUCAAUAGCAAAGUAAUCGAUGUUGACUAUGUGGGAGAGUCUGCAGAAGAGAUGAAUUGCUGGGGUGCAGAUGGAAAGGCCUUCGGAUCCAACGGGAAAUGGAUUCUCAGAGUUUCCCACGCCGGAGAUGACUCCAUCAAGGAGUAUGAAGCAGAGUUCUUGGUUCUGUGCAUUGGGAGAUUCAGCGGGCUUCCAAAUAUCCCGGAGUUUGAUGGGAGCGAUGCAUUUUCCGGCAAAGUAAUGCACUCCAUGGAUUUUGGCAACAUGGAGAAUGCUGCUGCUGCUCAAUUCAUCAAAGGAAAACGUGUCGUCGUUAUCGGUUCUGGAAAAUCAGCAGUUGACAUUGCAUAUGAAUGCGCCAAUCUAAAUGGAAGAGAUAAUCCUUGCACUAUUGUCCAAAGAAGAAUCCAUUGGAUGGUACCCCACGACGCGCAGCCAUGGGGGCUAAGUUUCGGCUUUCUGUGCUUCACUCGCUUCGCUGAGCUCAUGGUCCACAAGCCCGGCCAGAGCUUUUUGUUCGCCGUAGCUGCAGUCUUGCUCACUCCGCUGCGAUGGCUUGUGAACAAGCUCAUCCAAAUCUAUCUCAAAUGGCGACUUCCCAUUCAAAAAUAUGACAUGGUUCCAACGGAAAGCUUUGUCGGAGAAGCCUCGUCCUGUCAGAUACUCUUCCUGCAGCCUAACUUCUACGAGAGAGUAGAAGACGGCAGCAUUCUGAUGAAAAAAUCGAAAAACUUCACCUUCUGCGAAGAGGGUGUGAUCCUCGAGGGAGAAAGUGUCCCGUUGCAAGCAGACGUGGUCAUCCUUGCAACGGGAUAUAAAGGGGAGGAGAAGCUGAAGAACAUGUUCGCUUCUCCCACUUAUCAAAACUACAUAUUUGGAUCCCCGGACUCCAUUGUCCCUCUCUACAGGCAGAUGAUCCAUCCAAGGAUCCCACAGCUGGCAGUGAUAGGCUACUCGGAGUCGCUGUCGAAUAUAUUCACGUUCGAAAUGAGGUGCAAAUGGCUGUCGCAUUUUCUUGACGGGGGGUUCGCAUUGCCAAAUACAAGAGAUAUGGAGGAGGAGAUCGAGGGGUGGGAGAAAUAUAUGAAGAGGUAUGCAGGAAAUGAGAGUUUCAGAAGGUCUUGCAUUGGUGGGCUGCCUAUUUGGUACAAUGAUCAAAUAUGCAGAGACAUUGGGUCUACUCCCAAAAGAAAGAAUGGCUUCUUUUCUGAGAUGUUUCACCCUUAUGGCCCUGCCGACUACCACCACCUAUAACUAUAAUAUUCUCCACUUAAUUGGUACCACACUCUUUUUUUUUAUCUAUCAAACAUGCAUUCUCAUCAAUGCGUACAUGUACGUAUUUUGAAUAAUGAAAUAAAGUACCAGAAGACAAUAAAGGAUGAUCAAAUUGAAUUCAA